AUGGACGAAAACAUUGGACCUCGUCCUUCGGGCCAUGGUUCCAUGCCAGCGACAGCUACCUCCAACUUGGUAGCCAACUUCCUACCAUACGAGCCCAUCUCACGAGCCACGUCUCCUGGCAUUCCUUAUCCCAAGACCGGUACCGACGACGACGACAAGAAACGCUAUCGUCCCCGAACCUUCGCCUACUUUUCGCAGCUCCCAUUCGAAGUGGAGGAGGAGGCUCAGCGGGAUGUCGCUCUGCAGGGAAUCCUCAAGCAGCUGUACAUUGCUAUCCGCGCCGAAGAUUUCUCCCCGGGCGCUCUACAUUGGACUAAGGAGCUCCAGGGAUGGCUGAAUCUCAAGUUUGAGAUGACCCGGGAACAGAGAGCAAAGUUGACCAAGUUGUACUACUCCCUCGCACUGGCUCCAGGCUUGGAUGCGACAGCUUCUGAUCGUUUCUUGCGCAUGGUCUUGACUCUCACGAGGAAAAACCAUUAUUUGAAACCCGGUGAAGAUCUGGUUCUCGAAUGGAGGCCCUUGUGGAACGAAAUCAAGGCUUGGGUUCUUCCCUCUGAAGGGCCGCCCCAUCAGAGCAACCGUAAACGUUCAGUCAAGCAACUCCUGAAGCUUUGCACCCAUGCCCAUACAUAUUUCGACCCCUCUGAGCGCCGGGCAAUGUUGGAAGAGUUCUUACCAUUCUUCAGUGUCAACGAGUUACCGAACGCAUUCAUUGUCGCGGGUGUCUUGAACACUUUGCUGCCAAGUCAUCCUGCGCCCAUCAAUGAGCCUCAGUCACAGCCAGCUGAUAUCUUCCCUACACUCUUCCACUUAUGGUCUAUAAUAAAUAGAUCCAAGGCUUUCGAUAUAUUCUUUAUCGACCUGCUCUCUCGUAUCGCCAGAGACCACAUAGCCUGCUCCUAUGUGCCAUUUGGCAGUCAUGGUAUCUUCUCCAAGGACCAGUCCGACCUCAUCUUUACAGCUAUUCUCAGACUCACACAAAUUCCCGUGGGCCAGGCGAACUCACCAUACACUCCCCUUGACUAUCUUUCAGGGGUGGGCAUCUACUUGGAGAAAGAUAAGAAGAAAUAUCCUGUAGCAUACAUGAUUUCUCGCCUGAUCGUGAGUUCUCUAUCUCCCGCUUGCUUGAAGGAUGAAGACUCGAUCAUUUCCCAUUUGGAAGGUUUUAUGGAAUCCAUUGAUACCUUCUUCCAUCCUUCCAACCAGGGCUCGUGGACCACCAUGCUUGGUCAAUUGACACUUUACCUGACCGAAGCAUUCGUUUCGCGAUGGAAUCGUGAGCAAAGUGGCGAAUUGGAUCUUCCAGAGGAUCGCAAGAUCAACGAUGAGUUGAAGAAGCGCUUCGUAACGGCGCUCAAAGAAGUAACAUUCAUGGGGCUAUUUUCCAAGAGCAGUCGCGUCUCCUAUUACUACUACAGUGCUCUGCAAGGUCUCGCCUAUCUAGAACCUGAUCUGGUGCUACCAGGUGCCCUACAACGCUUUUAUCCAAGUCUUCAAGGGUUGGUAGAAGUCCACAGAACCACAUCAAGUUUGAACGGACUGCAGAUGAUCGCCAACAUCAUGUCUAAAAACAAGGGUUACAGAUGCCACAUCACCGCUCUUCUGGCACUCGCCCUCCCUGGUAUUGACGCAAACGAUCUCAACAAAACCCAAUACACUCUCAACUUCAUUCAAAGUGUUGCUUACAGCAUUCCUAUGGUGCCCUUGGUUAAGGAAGGUAGCCACAUGCAUAGUACCGCAUUAGCUAUGGAGUGGGUUCAAGGCCAGAUGGAUCGCAUGGAGCGUGAAGGCCAGAAUGUAAAGUUUGACUACAAGAACGAGCUUAGUGAUGAAGACGAGGCCAACAUCUUGAGAUCCUCAACUACCGGGUUUGGCGAGUUCAUCUUGACUUUCCUAGGAAAAGUGUUUACUCUCUUGGAGAACUUGCCUGACGCUAACCAAGUUCGAGGAGGAACUCCCGAAGACAACGUUAUUAAUGCUUUGCCAGCUGCACUAUCGCCUAUCUUUGCCUCGUUGUCACCGGAGCUCUUCGACAUGGCCCUUGAUAAGAUUGCUACGUUCGUAUCGAGCCAUGUGGUUCAUCAAGCACGAGAUGCAAUGGCGUGGAUCUUGAAUGCGCUCUGCAAAGUCAACCCCGAGAAAACCUUGAAGGUCUUCAUUCCUAUGUUGGUCGUCAACAUCCGCAACGAAAUUGACUACAAUAACGCUGCAUCUGACCGAAGUAGCGGAACAGACUACCUACCCAGAGAUCGAGCCUUGGUCUGGUACGUCAGCAUGCUCGCUAUGUCCGUUGUACACGUUGGCAGUGAAGUACUGAAGUAUAAAGACGAGCUUCUGGGUAUUGCCAAAUACAUGCAAGAGAAGUGCCGCGGCUUGCCCACCAUUCUGGUCUCCAAUUAUAUUCAUCAUCUCCUCCUGAACUUGACCCAUACCUACCCCAUUGAUCAUGCUUUGUACGAGCCUGAGGUCAUUGAACGUGGACUCGACGUUGAUGAUUGGGGAAAGACCACCGCGCCAGCCGACCUCAGCAUUCGCUGGCACCAACCCUCGCCGGCUGAAAUUGACUUUGCUGUUGAGCUGUUUGCAUCCCAAACCGGAUCUGCCAAAGAUCAGCUUGAAUCAUUGAUGAGCGACAAUCCCCCUGUUAGCAGAACGGGCAAAAACAAGGAGUGGUCAGACGAGGUCUCUCGCCUUAUGCAGCAAAUCCGUCUUGUUACGUCCGGCAUGGCGACUAUGUUCGACCCUGAGCGCGCCGCGGGCAUCAUGACUGGCAACACCGACGAGGGUCAUGAUGUGGCGCGUGAGGAUGAUGAUGAGAUGAUGAUCGAUGAGGACCCCCUUGCUGAAGUUGCUGAAGACGAAGAACUGCGCCCACAAUUCCGCUACAAGGCAGGAUAUGCACUCAAGUCCAGUGAUCCCGCGUAUAGCCGGAUUCAUGAUCUGCGAGAAGAACUAGGUCAUCUCCUGACCAAAACUCACUCUUUUCUGAAUGAAAACCAAGAAGAUGAUGUGAACUCGUUCACUGCCCUUUACGCUGCUUACCGUACUUGGAUUACGGACGUCGGUAUUGAGCGUUCUGCCCAUCCUCUGGAAAGGCAUGUACGACUAUACAAGUCCGACAUUGCUGCUUUCAAAAUCAAGGGACUCAGGAAGGUUUAUCCGCGCCCCCUUCUCAUCAAGCGAGCCGAGGCAUACCAGCUGUUGCGCCGUAAACACAAUGCUUCUUCGAGGCAAAAGAGUGAUCUGGACAAACGACUUCUACUUGAUCUUGCUGAGUCCAGUCUCUCCCUUUAUGCCGACGUACGACGAGUCGCACAGAGUGCUCAGGACUCAUCUCUCAAAUCGCUCAUUGGCAGCAAGCCGCUGGUGAUCCCUGUCAUUCUCGAACGUCUCAAGAAUGCACUUGAGACAAAUGACCACGACCGAAUCAAGGGCGGCAUGUAUACACUAUUGUUCACGUCUCUAUUGAGAACUCUUGUCAAGGAUUGGCGAUUUGCUCCUGAAGCUAUGCGUUUGUACAUCGAAACUGCAGGUAUCGACAAGCCAUCGAUUCAAAAUUUGGGUUCUUCGGCGCUCUAUUCACUAAUCGACUUUGGCAAGCCUUUUGAGCGAAUGAUCAUCGUUAAUGACGAGCUGGUUGACACCAUCAAACCUGCCGCCGAUGUGUCAGCGGCUAUUGAUGGUCGACAUCAAUUCAUUCUGCAACGCCGAACCAGGGUAGAAAAGUCCAAGGCCGAUCUAGGCUUGGAAUUGACGCAGCGUGCUAAGGGCGCUCACUGGAAGAUAGCCACUCGUUGUGCAGUCUUCGCUACUAACUUGUGUCUUCGUUUCCAUUCGGUGGCCCCUCCUGAGUUUAUCGAUCUCGUCGCCCAAGGCGCGAACGACCCUCAUCCUAGUCUUCGUGGAUACUACUUGAGUGCUUUCACGUCUGUCUUUACGGCAGUGGACAUGCGAGCAGUCUAUGGCCACGACUACCGCAACUAUCUUCUUGAGAAGGAGGUGGGUCAGGGCAACCGCAUCAAGAUUGACGUCGAGAAAGGCGACACUGAAUUCACCAACAACUUCUUGGAAGCGUUCAAGCAUCAUGAGGGGGCUUCAUACAUGGUCGAUGCUGACCAUCCUGGUUGGCUCGUCUGGGGUAAGAAAUUCUCGGCUUACCGCGCAAAGCCUCUCCCUUUCAACCCCUAUGACGAGACCGAAAACGCUUUGCGCGACCAGAUGGGCCAGAUCCUCAAUCGCGACUGGCUAUCUCAGUGCUUCGAUUAUCUGAAACAAGAACCACGAGAUGCGACGUUGGACCGAUUCCGCAUGAGCAACGUGUAUCUUUUGAUGCACGUUUUCGACUUGAUGCAUUAUGGGAAAACAGUCAUCACACUUGAUGAUGUCAAGGAACUGGUCAAGGACGUCUUUGGCGAUGGCAAUGACAAGCAUCAGCACAGAGCGACAUCAGAAAUCAUCGGUGCUCUGCUCGCAGGCUCUAGCGAUGAUCCGCCAGAAAUUCGCAACCGAGUCUGGGAGUAUGCUGCGCCUUUUAUGCUCAAAAUCUUUGCAGACGAUUUGACACCUGAUAACUUGCAGUACUGGUUGACAUGUCUUCACCUCAUCCUCGACACCAAGGACCCUCGUCGAUCGCAUGAGAUCAUCGACACUCUCAGAGCAUUCCGACUGGAUAUGACGUCUAAUGCAGCAUUUAAAGAGUCGUCAAAGGUGCAACUACUUGAGUUUAUUGUCGCAGAUGGUGGUUGGCAUUUCCGACAUGUCCAGCCAAUCCUCGACGAUUUCCUUGCUCACAUUGAUCACCCAUAUAAGGCAGUUCGCGAGGCCAUCGGCCGUGUUCUGUCAGUCAUCUACAAGACUCGGUACCACGAGUCAUUUGAGAAUGUGAGCAAGCUCUUGGAGCAGAACAAGGCUGCCUCAUCGACCGGUAUCAGACCCUACCAACCAUCAGAGGAGUUUGCAGCGACGAUCAAGGACGUCUUCGAUCGCCUCGAGAAGUGGCGCCAUGAGAGAACACCAGGCCAGCAAACUCCCAGCUCUUAUACCUCGGGCUCCAAGACUGUGCUGAUGUGGCUGGACUGUACACUUUCAUCCCAUGAAUGCAUUCAACUCGUGCCAUUUUUCCCCACCCCUUUCAUGGAAGAAUUACUUCACAUGAUGGACGUGAAGGAGGAUCCUGAAUUGAUGAGGCUAGCGUAUCAUGUCUACCGCCAUCUACCAAACAUUCCUUUCCGGGAUGGCGAAGAUGCAGAGUUCAUCGAUGCGCUAAUUCGCAUUGGCAAGACAUCGGCUAGCUGGCAUCAACGGCUGCGUGCUCUGGUCAAUAUGCAAGUCAUCUAUUUCAGACGCAUCUUCCUUACACGGACCGCUCAAAGGGAAGCACUCUUCACAGCCGUGUCUGAUAUGCUUGGAGACCCUCAACUUGAGGUGCGUUCAUGCGCAUCUACCACGCUCGCUGGCAUGAUCCGCUGUUCGCCUCGCCGCAUCCGAGACCCAACGAUCGCGCAUCUGAAGGCUCGGUUCGAGGACGAGUUGGAGCGCAACCCAAUGCCAAAACGCAAGCGUCAUCUUGCCGGAACCGAUACUCCAGUCGAUAUUCACAAACAAAUCACAAGACGUCAUGCCGCAGUACUCGGACUAGGCGCCUUGAUUGAGGCUUUCCCUUAUGCCACUCCACCUCCCGAAUGGAUGCCUGAAGUGUUGGCAAUGCUGGCUCGCAAGGCUGCUGCUGACCCUGGUGUUGUGGGCAAGGCAACCAAGACAAUUCUUAGCGAGUUCAAGAAGACUAGACAGGACAGUUGGACUGUUGACCAAAAGUACUUUACUCCCGAACAAUUAGAAGACCUUGAAGGAGUGUUGUGGAAGAGUUACUUUGCUUAA